AUGGCAGAAAGAAACCAGACUCUGGUGACUGAGUUUGUCCUCACAGGACUCACGGAGCGUCCAGAGUUGCAGGAGCCACUCUUCCUGGUGUUCCUCGUCAUCUACCUCAUCAUCAUGGUGGGCAGCCUUGGACUGAUUGCUUUCAUCUGGAAGGACUCUCACCUUCAUACCACACCCAUGUACUUAUUCCUCAGCAGUUUAGCUUUUGAUGAUGCAUGGACUUCAUCCUCUUUGAACCCCAAGAUGCUUGUUAAUUUCCUAUCUAUAGAUCAGGAGAUAUCCCUGAUUAAGUGCUUUGCCCAAUUUUACUUUUUCUGCUCCUGUGCAACCACAGAAUGUUUCCUGCUAGUGAUGGACCGCUAUGUUGCCAUAUGCAACCCCCUGCUUUAUCCAGUGGUGAUGUACAAUAAGCUCUGUACUCGGUUGACAGUUGUUACAUAUUUUAUAGGUGUCCUGAAUUCAACAAUUCAUGUGGGGCUGUUAAUCAGAUUCACUUUCUGCAGGUCCAAUGCUAUACAUUAUUUCUACUGUGAAAUUGUUCAGUUAUUCACAAUUUCUUGCAUUGAUCCUACACUUAAUAUGCUGGUGGUUUUCAUCUGCUCACUCUUUAUACAAAUCUUCACAUUUGCAAACAUUGUGGUCUCUUAUAUCCAUGUGCUCUUUGCCAUCCUGAGAAAGAAGUCUGUGAAGGGCAGAAGCAAAGCCUUCUCCACCUGCAGUGCCCAUCUGCUAUCUGUCUCUUUGUUCUAUGGAAAUCUCUUCCUCAUUUAUAUAUGUCCUGGGUCUGGACCAGCUGAAGAUAAGGAAAAACUGUAUUCUUUAUUUUACACAAUAAUAAUCCCCUUGCUAAAUCCAUUUAUGUAUAGUCUGAGGAAUAAAGAGGUUCUGGGAGCCCUGAGAAGACUAAAAAAGAAAUAA